UUAAAACUUCUGCUUCACGCUGUUAAAAACUUUAGUAAAGUGGGUUGCUGAAGUCUGUGUUCAGUUCUCAGGAGAUUCUAACAAAGAGAGCGAACAGCUCCGAGUCUGUUUAUCGUGUUAGUCGAGUGUCACAUCGUGUUUCUGUCAGUUUCGCGUGUUUUGUGAGUGGAAUCUCUUCAGCUGUGUUUCAGUGGCAUGGAGAGUUACGAAGAUUUCAUCCGGAGCCGCUAUAACACUCAUAAUGAUGAAGAUGAAGAUGAACCCGUCACACCUUCAUCAGUGAUCGUGUUUCGUGGAGCUCGUGUUCUUCCUCCUCUGCUUAAUGAGCAGCAGCGAGACGAGAUGAGACGACUGAGAGAAGCAGCUGUGAGUCUGAUGAUGAUGAAGAGGAGGAGAGAGGAAGAGUCUCGCAUCAGCUUCACAGACAUGAGGAUCAGUGGCGCUGAGCGACACACAGACCAGAGUGAUGACAUCACAGACUGUGACAUCAUCUCGUCCGCUCCUCUGACGUCAACUGCUCACGACGGCCGACCGGCCAAUCAGCUGAGAGCGUCUCCGGAGGACGAUUCGCUGGAAAACACCCAGAUCACGGUUCUGUUUGAGAAACACGAGACCCAGAGUCCUCGGGACGCACCGGACAGUCACUCUCACAGCCAGAUGCUGGCGAUGAUGUCAUCGGGCUACGUGACCAAUGACAACACAGACGUCAGCGGUCACUCCGGCUGGAUCCGCUUAGAUACGACACGGGCAGGAAGUGACAUCAUCAGUCACGCGCCAGUAGAUGGAGCGAUUUUAGAGGAGGAGAUUGUAGCACCACUUCCAAAGCCGGCGGAAGAUGUUAUAGAACCAGUACCAUCUGACCCGGAUGAAUUUCCGUAUCGAAUGAGCCUUCAAAACCUACUCAAGAAAUCCCAGGAGUACCGGCGCCGCCAGCGUCUGCUGCGCAGUCAGGCCAGAGCCGCGGAGGAGCACAACCUGUCCGAUAAAGAGAACGAGGAGCUCCUUCCCAAACAGAUGUGGAGGAAAGCCAGAGAGAAGACGGAGGGAGACGCCAGCACAGAUCGCAUGAAUGAUGAACAUAACGCUCUUCCUCAGGCCAUCUCCUCAGAACUUCUUGUUACGGCCAGAUCCCUGUACGACUCCAAACAGAAGUCCGCCGGCGUGUCCAGAUCUUCCUCAGCUGCGAGAUUCACAAACAUCCCCACGCCCAAGUUCUGCUUAAGUCCUGUACGCUGCAAAAAACGGAGCCGGAUUCCCGGUCCGGUUCGGAAAGCUUUGGGCAAACCGGCUCAGACCGACCCGAUUGGUCCGUCUGAUCGGUGCGACAAAGUGAUGAUGAUGUCAUCGCAGACGGAGCAGAUCACACAGCUAGAGCUGAACCUGUCUAGCCUCAAAGCGCUGAUCUCUGACCUGGAGUCGACGCUCACGCUCUCACAGACGGGGAGUCCCAGCGACGACGGCCAGAAACGACCCUCCACCGUCACUUUCAGCGAAACCGUCACCGCUAAGGAUUGUGGGGUCGGUCAAGAGAGCCCGACCUCCAUCCGUUUGGUCGUGGGCGUCCUCGCAGACACCAGCAAUCGUUCUGUGGAUGAAGCGGGAAGCUCUGUGAUUGGCUCAUCUUACGACGUAGACGUCCCGUCUGGCCUGUGGAAGCAGCUGACCCCUGAGACGGGAGGUCACGAGGUCACGUCUCGGGUCAAGCGGAGGCUCCUGAUGAACGAGGAUGAGGCGUUCGGUCCUGGACGAGAGACGGGAAGCAUGCUCUCCAGCACACCCAGAGUGAUGUCCUCAGGGCUGCAGUCGUCUGCGCAGAUGCAGGAGGAUCAGGUGAUGGCUCUGAUGGAGGAAGAGCGCAGACGACAGCAGGAACUACUGCAGUCUUUAGCGGUGCGCUACCAGUUUCUGCGGAGCGUGUCCUUCCCGUGUCCCGGCGCAGGCUCACGUCUGGAGGACACGCCGACCUCCCUCACCGCCUCAUCUGUCUGCACACACGCUGAGCUUACAGACGCGCACAACACCUCACGGUCCUGUCUCUCUCUCUCGGUGUCCUGUCUCCCUCUGCUGGCCGCUGUGGUGAAGGGUUUCCUGACCCGUCGACUCCUGCGCACUGAACGCGCGUCACACCUCAUCAGGACCAUCACGGACACACGGAUGUUCCUGCUGACGUUCCAGCAUCAGACGGCGGUGAACUGCAGCAAACACGACCUCAUGCUGCAGGAGCGCGUCGCGCUACAGCUGCGAGCCGCGCGGUACGAGCUGCACCAGAUCUGCUUCAGCAUGAGCUCCUCUGAUCGGAUGCAGAUGAUCCACUGCGACCGACAGCUGAGCAGAGACCGCCAACUCAAACCACAUGAUAAUAAAGUGAAGGGAUCCCUCUCUGCCGCCACCAGAAAAGCUUUAGAACGCAAGAAACUCAUGUUACAAAGGAAAUCAGCUGACAGGAAGAAGUUUUCUCCGUCCAAUGAGGAGAAAUGGAACCUGGUGCCAAAGAUCUGUCGGGUUUCAAAGAAGAUCACGCCGUUACGCGGAGCGCGAUGAACCGACACGAGGCCAAGCUCUCUUCAGAUGUUCGACUGCAGUUUUAUACUCGUUUUUAUAUUGUUGUCUUUAAACACUAUGCCAAUUAUUUAAUGUAGUUUUAUUUAUAUUUUUUCUAGAAUUCUCUGUAUGUUUCGCGGCUUCAGCGCUGCGUUUCUUGCUGGAUUUGUCUUGCGACACUUU